GCGCUGUCAGGGGUGGAGCCAGCAGUUCCGCGUAUCAAGUGCGGUGUGGGGAGAGCUCAGUCAAGGGUCCAGCAGUGUCCAGCUGUCCAGUCCCUGAUUCUGAUUCUUAUCUUAUCCCUUCAACCAUCUUCCCUGUCCAUCUUCUCUAAUGUCCCACCAUGCCUGCCCUCAACAAGCGAUGGACCUCGUCGCUGUCCAUCGCCGCCGUCUUCUUGUUCUGCCUCGUGCUGCUGCACAAUAACAGCAGCCCACGACCCCUGCCUCUCCCCCAGUCCCGCUUCUCCCGCUCGCAGUGCCCGGCCACGCCGCCCUCCCCAGCCUACACCCGCUCCAACCCCGACGAAGGCUUCAGCUGGCGCGACAUCCCCGUGCAAUUUCCCGUCUCAGACCUCAUCUCGCUCCCAUCCAGCAAAUCCAACACCCUCCCCUCAAUCCAAGCCCGCUUCACACCCCCAACCCUCGAGCGCGAAACCCUCCGCAAAGCCCGCCAGUCCGCCAUAAAAACCACCUUCCAGCGCGCAUGGCACAACUACGAGAAACACGCCUGGAAGGCCGACGAGCUGCGCCCUCUCUCCGGCGGCUCCCGCAACAAUUUCGGCGGCUGGGGUGCCACCCUCGUCGAUAAUCUCGACACCCUGCUCAUCAUGGACAUGCACGAUGAGUUCGAGCGCGCUGUUUCCGCUCUCCUCGACGUCGAUUUCUCCCCGCAUUCUUCCUCCCAGUCGACUAUCAACGUCUUUGAAACUACAAUCCGGUACUUGGGGGGUUUCAUCGCAGCUUACGAUCUGAGUGGGUGCAGCGACGUCCGGUUGCUGGAUAAAGCCGUCCAGAUCGCGGAUAUGAUCUAUGCGUCCUUCGACACGCCAAACCGCAUGCCCGUGACGCGAUGGAACCCGCAUAAAGCAGCCGGCGGCGAAACUCAAGCCCCCGCCGCUAACGGCAUUAUCGCCGAGCUGGCCAGCUCCAGUCUCGAACUUACCCGUCUCUCGCAGCUAACGGGAGACAUGCGGUAUUUCGACGCGAUCUCGCGGAUUACGGAUAAACUAGACGAACAGGCGGGCAAGACCAGAGUUCCGGGCAUGUGGCCCGUCGGGAUUGAUGUGCAGAAACCGGACUUCACGCGGUCGUCGACGUUUAGUUUUGGCGGCAUGGCUGAUUCGGCUUAUGAGUAUCUCCCCAAGGAAUUCCAGUUGCUUGCUGGUGAUGCUGCCACGGGUAGGGCGCAGCAGUAUAGACGGCUCGCGGAGAAUGCGCUGAGCGCUGGAUCGGAUUAUCUCCUCUUCAGGCCUAUGGUGCCUGACCAUGCUGAUAUCUUAUUGCCCGGGAUCGGGCACGCGACUGCGCGGAAUGAAGUCCAGCUCGAGACGAGGAGCGAGCAUCUUGCCUGCUUUGUGGGUGGGAUGUAUGCGCUUGCGGGCAAGCUGUUCCCGGACUCGAAGGCUGAUUUUCUUGCGACGGGGAAGAGGCUUACGGAUGGGUGUAUUUGGUUCUAUAAGAACUCGCCGCUGGGGAUUAUGCCGGAGAUGUUCAGCGUGUCGCAGUGCCCCCGCCGGACGGAGUGUGUUUGGGAUGAUACCAAGGAGGAUGUGUAUACGUAUGUGCGGGAUAAGAAUUAUAAGCUGCGCCCUGAGGCGCUGGAGAGUGUUUUCUACCUGUGGAGGAUUACGGGGGAUGAAGUAUAUCGCGACGCUGCGUGGGACAUGUUCCAGGCGAUUGAUGCGGUGACCAAGACGCAGUUUGCUAAUGCGGCGGUGCGGGAUGUUACCGUUGGGAAGAAGGAUGUGGAGAUGGAGGAUAGUAUGGAGAGUUUUUGGAUGGCGGAGACGCUGAAGUAUCUAUAUUUGAUAUUCAGUGAGCCCGAGCUUGUCAGUUUGGAUGAGUUUGUGUUUAAUACUGAGGCUCAUCCGUUUAGGAUUCCACGGUAGUAUAUAGUUGCAUAGCAGCAUAGCAUAACUAUUCCUUCCCUUAAACUUGAACUGAAGACUAUGAAGUACUUGAGAUGGCUACAGUUUGGCAUAGACGAUAGAAUACUGGCAGUAGGUGAAUUGUUUGGAAAUACGGUGAACACUAAUCUAUCACCAGAAAAUCGCUUCCGCAGCAGUGGAAGUUGGUCACUUCUUCCCUAACGGCCGUGACACGGGAGGGCUGUCCUCCCUGAAGUAAGGGUGCAGGCAGGCCUGCUUCGCAGACAGCCUGCGGGCAGGAUCAUAUUCAAGCAGAGCCUCGAGGAGGUCACAGCCAUCACUGUCCAAUCCCGGAACCAGAGGUGCAGAGGUGCGCUUCCACCUGGGGAACGACGA